CCCGGAUAUACUUCCUCUUCGCCGAGCCGGUUGUAUCCGAUCCGAGUCUCAUCUCACGGUUAUAAUCCCCCCAUACUCCCCCAUACAAACUCCACUCUCACUCGCCCGCACCCGGAACACUUACAUACACACGCAACCACCACCACAAUGAGCCUCCUCCAAAAGAAAUACGCGGCCCUCAUCAACCCGGACGUCCUCCGAGCCCACCAAAAACCCAUCCUCCUCGCCACCGGCAUAACCGCCGCCGCCGCCCCGCUGCUCGCCUACGCAUGGUCGUGCUACCGGCAAUGGCUUGCCCUCGGCCCCGGCGGCGUACCCUACCACUUCCUCGGCUGGCUCCUCCAAACCAGCAUGCACGUGAUCGCCCGCUCCGACACCCGGGAGCCCCUCCCUAGGCCGUACACGCGGCUAGAAGACGUAGCCGCACUCUACGGCGCCGCGGGGGCAAAGACGUACUUCGGCAACGGCCAGGGCCAGAUCCCCAAACGCAAGGGCGACCGCCCUACCAUCCCGACGUUCGUCGCGCCCCAGCGGCAGACCUCGGAUGUUGCUUCCCCCGCUACCGUAGCCGCGGAGAAGGCGUUCCUGGAUGCUUUGGCCGCGGCCAACGCCUCGCUCUUCGAGGUCCGGACAAGCAAGCUCGAGGGCCCUCUGCACCAAGCCUUAUGGCUACGACUCCCCUCCGCGUCGCCCGACGACGCCGAGAAGCAGAAGACUCUCCUGGAAUUACGUACCCGACUUGGUAGGGGGUCAGGCGGAGAGUUCGCCCACGUGCACGGCGAGGGAAGUGCUCAUGUGACGCUCAGCCCAGCGGACGCCAAGGCCGCGAUCGAAGCCGGGUGGGCGGAGCGCCAUCGACUAGCCGGUGUCUGGGGGUCGCGCGCCGUGGUGCCGUGGGGGUACGUCCUGGUAUACGCGCCGCGCGACGAGGCUGAAUUUGCGGUCUUCCGCGAGUUUAUACUUGCCGGAGCGCGGUAUGUGACCGAGGGUGCUGGAGCUGAAGUUGUUGCUCCGGCGGAGUGAAUGUUUGGGGGGGGGGGAGCCUGGGUAAGGGCGUGAAUGGAAGGAGUAAAAGGGUGUGUAUA